AUGGAUAAACGUGACAAACUACCGAAGAGGUCGUCGAGAGCCUUAAAACGGCUCGAGGCACACCUGAUUAGCCCAAAUAACGAGGAAAGUUUUCGCGGCCAUGUGGGCCAUUCAUCAACGGAAGACAGCCCAGCCGAUAAAAAUGCUGGUAGUGCUCGGCGCAGUGUUCGCGAAAGCGAGGAUCGCCGACGAUCAAGAAGUCGUUCGCGUAAAUCGAAAUCUAGUGGUCGUGAGAGAGGAGAUCGUAGCCGUAGUUCUCGCCGAAGCGGUAGAAAAAGUGCACGGGAAGAGAGUCGAAGCCGUUCGCGUUCUCGGGCAAGGAAUACUCGAGGAAAACAUUCGCGCCGGUCGCACUCGACGUCCAGGGAACCGCCAGCGUGGGCAAAAGAACUGCUUUGCCAACAACGGCAAAAUGCAGUCGAUUUAAAAAAGCUAAAGUCGCAGGUCACAGGAAAACCAAACGAAGAUUCUACGACAACAGCGAGGGCCGUCGAGCACGAGUUUCGCUACGCCGGAAACAAGAAACAAUACGACGUCAAUCACUCAGUCAUGCAAAGAAUGGAUCGCGCGCUGGCCGCGGAUAAUCUAGACGAAGUGUCGAAGGAAAUUAGCGCAGGUAAGAGCUUACUUAUGGAACGAAACAAGCAUCUCUUACUUGCUGAUAAAUAUGGGUGGGACACCGUAGAAUGUUAUUCGGCUGAGCCCUUAGCUAGCGAUUCGGAGGAUGAGAAAAGGAUUAAGAGGGCGAUAAAAGAGAGCAAGUCACUGCGGAAUGAGAAAAAGGCGAGUAGUUCGCAUGUAAAAAUUAAGAAGCCUUUUCUCGGAGCAGACAAGUCAACUCCCAAUGUUGUCAAAGGGCAGGGCCCCUUCAACUUUAGAGCACGUAGGCAAGUUUUUCCCUCCUCAGGGGACAACCGAACAACAUGUUUCCGAUGUGGGAAGCCAGGACACUUUGCCAGAGAGUGCCGCUCAGCCAAUGCCCGGUUUGUUAUCUCGGGCGCUACAACGACCAACCAAAAUAGUUCCUCAAACUGAGGCAAAUUCCUUGACAGAGGCAGAACUGUUUCAUGAACAUAGUAUAAUAGUUGAUAAUUUACGAGAACACUCAUCGGUUAUUGUUAAAGGAAGAUUACGGUCGAACCUGACUUUUUGGGAAAACAUUGCGGCUAGCAGUUGGGUUCUUGAUAUUAUUCGUAAUGGAUAUUGUUUGCCCUUUCUUGAGCAACCAGAGAAAAAAUUUUCAAAUAAUCAUUCAUCCGCUACUAACAAUGCGGAUUUUGUUACAAAGGAACUUCAAAAACUUGUUUCAACAGGGGCUGUAGUGGAAGUACUGAAGCCUGAUCUGACUGUGUGCAACCCCCUCGGUGUAGUUCAGAAUUCGUCUGGGAAAUUACGGUUAAUCCUGGAUCUUCGAUAUGUAAAUAAACAUCUUCGUGUCACAAAAUUUAAAUAUGAGGACAUCCGGACUGCAUGUGACUUAUUCUCGAGGGGAGAUUGGUUUUUUAAGUUUGAUUACAAAAGUGGCUAUCACCACAUAGACAUCUUUCCAGAGCACACUAAGUUCUUGGGAUGCGCAUGGUGGUUUAACGGACAACUAAGAUAUUUUAAAUUUGCGGUUCUCCCAUUUGGCUUGGCAAGUGCGCCAUUUUUGUUCACAAAAAUCCAGAAAGCCUUAGUCAAGCACUGGAGGUGCCAGGGUAUCAGGAUUUUUACAUACUUGGACGAUGGCGCGGGUGCCGAGUCAAAUUAUGAGGAUGCAAAGAAAACAUCAUUAAUGGUUCAGCAGGACAUAAAAGCUAGCGGUUUCGUGGCUAAUGAGGAGAAAAGUCAGUGGGAGCCGGUUCAGUGUGGGGAGCUGUUAGGGUUCAUGAUAGACUUGGCCUCAGGUGUGUUCACUGUCCCGGACAGGCGUGUUGUGGCUUUUAGGGACGUCUUAAGUAAAAUUAUGACUAACUCGUUUGUGGUUUCGGCACGGCAUCUUGCUCAAUUUACUGGUUUACUAUCAUCAAUGGGGUUGGCCCUUGGUCCUGUGGUGCGUCUCUGGACUAGAGAACUCUAUAGAUCCAUACAACAGUCGACAAGUUGGGAUCAGAAAUUUCGCUUAUCCGAAGAGGGUAGAAAUGAAAUUCUAUUUUGGCAUGAAAACUUUUCGAACAGUGGCCAGCCCAUUUGGGCUGCAUGUCCAAUCAUUGAAGUGAUGACAUAUUCCGAUGCCAGUGAUGUGGCAUGGGGUGGAUAUGCAGUUCAAUUGGGUGGGCAGACAGCUGUGGGCAGCUGGUCGGAGAAUGAGAGUGUAAAAAGCUCUACGUUUCGGGAGUUAAGGGGUGCGAGAUUGGUGUUAGAGUCAAUGGCACCACAGUUGGAGGGAAAGGAAGUGCGUCAUAGGACAGACAGCCAAAGUGCAGAAAGAAUUAUGACAGUCGGUAGUCGAAAUCCAGAACUACAUAAGGAAGCCAUCUUGCUCUACAAAGUAUGUAGAGAACAUAAUAUUCGUUUGUCGGUUGAGUGGGUCAGUCGAGAUUUGAAUGAGGAUGCGGACUACCUAUCUAGAUUGGAUGAUCCAGACGAUUACAAGUUAGAUCCAAAAGUAUUUGGAUCUAUUGACAAUUGUUGGGGCCCACACACAUAUGAUCGGUUUGCUAGUAUGAAAACCAACCAGCUACCACGUUUUUCAAGCAAGUAUAUGAACCCCGGUUGUGAUUCGACCGACGCAUUCACCGUUUCUUGGGUGGGUGAGAACAAUUGGCUUUUCCCUCCACCAUACUUAAUCCCUCGUGUGUUGCGCCAUAUGAAUGCCAAUAACGAAUAUGGUACUUUGCUUAUCCCUUACUGGCCUUCAGCACCAUGGUGGCC